UUCUUUAUUAUACUUUUGAAAUUCUCUCAGACAACAACCAGGGUUUUAAAAAUGAUGUAAUUCUAAAUUUUUUAGUUUUGAAACUCAAACAUCUACACAAAUGACAAAGAAAGACACAGAGACAUAAGUAUUUAAAAAAGAAAACAGUGAGAAUUAGGUUUAUAAGCCAGUUGCAAUCAGAACAAGGGAGCUUUACUUAGAAGGAGUAGCUGAUCCAACAAAAGGAGAUGGGAAGAGGGGGAACAUUCCACAAAAUUAUUAAGGGGGUUUAUACUAUCUUGUAAGUGAGGAAACAACAACUGUACCACAGGCACCAUAUUAACAAAGGUCAUGGCAUUCCUUCAGGUGGAUAAGCUAUGAGUCUGCACUGAGGGAACAGAAUCAAGAUUUCAUGACUUGAGAAACCAGACCUAAUCAUGUUCAUUUUCCAUUUGUACAAGUGGGCAAAGCAUGUGUCUCUAAAGUAGACUAUGAAGUGCUUGGAGGCAUGGCAAUCGGGGCAAAAUGUGAGACUGCAUCUACACAAUGUAGUUUUACUUGAUGCCUGCUCUCUAUGUUCUUGCUGUACACACACACACACACAUAUGUGUGCGCACACACACGCACAUACACACAGACACAUACACACACGUGGCUUUGAGUGGAUAUUUUAAAGAUGUUUGCAUGGCUAAUUUGAUUAACAUGUCUCUUAAAAUAACUUCUCUGUGGUUUGUUUAAAACUUGCUCUAGUGCAAGUUAUGGACAUUUCUCUAGAAUUCUCAACCUGACUCACAGAGAGACUCACACAGAUGGGCACCUUUAAGUGUGGAACUAUAUAUUCCACCCAAAAGCUAACUUUUUGUUUAGUAAAUUAUCAACACCAGGCUUUGAUCAUAAUAUACGUCUGUCUAAUGAGAAAACCAGAUUAAGAAAACAAUCUUAAAAUAAGCUUCAUAAAUGUGAACCCAAAUAAAAAUUCCCAAAGAUUUAGCAUCUAUAUAAAUCAAACUUAAUUUUCCAAGGGAAAAAAAAUCAUCCUUAAAUCUAUAUGCUAAAUUUUUGAUUCACUACAGACAGCAUCUUAAAUUCCCCAAUUGAUUUCGCCUCAAAAUUAGGGAGUUUAGAAAUAGAAACAGGUAAAACUUCCCUUUGUAGGUGAAUCUCACUAUUGUCUAGAAUACAUAGGAAUAUCAUUUAAAAAUUAAAGUUCUUAAGUAUUUUUCCAUAAAUAUACUCUCAUCCUUAAAACAUAAUUUGAAAAAUAGUGAAUCAUUAAACAAACAAACAAAAAGAUUAGGCAGCAAAUCAAACAAUUGACUUCUUGGAUUAUUAGCCUCAAUUUCUGUGUUUGUCUUCUCUGUACCUAUGAAGUAACUCAAUUUUAAGAGUGUUGUUGGAAACAAUAUUAUUUCACAGAGAUUAAAACUUUUCAGCCUAUCCAUAACCUACAAAAGUACUUUGAAACAAAUUUACCUUUCCAUUGUUAAAAGGAAACAUCAUUGCUUUCUUUUUCUGUGCUAAAUCUAUUACCCUGCUUGGCUAUGCUGCACUCUUCUGGGCAUACAAUUUCAUAGCAGGUAUCAAAAUAACCAAGCCAUCAAGGCAGAUUUAUCAACCCACAAUUUCCUAUUAACAAAAACUUUUCAAUGUACAACUGGCUCGUUUUGCACAAAACCACCCCACAAUAAGUAAUGAUGGCUAAACUUAAUAAUUAAUACCUAAAUGAAAACUGCAGUAGGAUUUCUUGUUUAGUUUUUCUAUCUUUUCAUACAGUCCAACACCUGAAAACAACUGCACUGUGAGCUCUUUCCUGGAAGAUGUCAGCUGCUUCCUCGACUGGAAGAGGACGUGGAGCCACGUUUCUGGAGAAGAGGGAGGGUAAAACAAGGCUGCUGCUAAGAGUCAGCUUUCAGGAAUGGGCAUUCCACGCGAUGCCAUGAGAGGUGGAGCCAGUCUCCAUGGCAUUCCGUGAGACAUCAAAUACUGUGAGGCUUUCUGGAAAACAAUCUCUAUUGGACCAAGUCUUUACUUCGCUGGAAGUAGUCACAUCCAAGACUUAAUUUCAACAGGGUUCAAUUUAUUGCUUGGAGCUCUGGCAGCACAAAACUGUCCUCUUUGAAUGGAAAAUUUGACCAACUGCGAUGAGGGGCUGCAGCCAGCGGUCUGUCGCGCGUGCUUGUGGGCCCGAGGAGCCGCCUGGGGGAGGAGAGCCGCGGGGGAGUCGCUUCCCCCCAGGAGACCCGCAGCCCAGCCCUGCGCUCUGGGCGGCCUGGAUGCGCAGCAGCGGGCACCGCAGCCGCUGACGCCAGGCGGCGGCGAAGUUUGGCUGCUGAGCGGCUCGGCGCCGGGCCACUGGACAGCGCGUCCAGCGACGGCAGCGAUGCCCGUGGGGAGCCUCUUGCCGCUCUUCAGCAGCCCUGGGGGCGGCGGCCUGGGGGGCGGCCUGGGUGUGGGGCUCGGCGGCGGCAGGAAGGGGUCUGGCCCCGCCGCCUUCCGCCUGACCGAGAAGUUCGUGCUGUUGCUGGUGUUCAGCGCCUUCAUCACGCUGUGCUUCGGUGCGAUCUUCUUCCUGCCGGACUCCUCCAAGCUGCUCAGCGGGGUCCUGUUCCACUCCAACCCCGCCUUGCAGCCGGCGGCUGAGCACAAGCCCGGGCCGGGGGCGCGCGCGGAGGACGCUGCGGAGGGGCGAGUCCGGCACCGGGAGGAGGGCGCGCCCGGGGACCCCGCGGCUGCGCUGGAGGACAACUUGGCCAGGAUCCGCGAAAACCACGAGCGGGCUCUCCGGGAAGCCAAGGAGACCCUGCAGAAGCUGCCGGAGGAGAUCCAAAGAGACAUUCUGCUGGAGAAGGUGAAGGUGGCCCAGGACCAGCUGCGUGACAAGGUGCUGGUCGGGGACCUGCCGGAGGUGGAUUUCCUGCCCCCCAUCGGGGUGGAAAACCGGGAGCCCGCUGACGCAGCCAUCCGCGAGAAAAGGGCAAAGAUCAAAGAGAUGAUGAACCAUGCUUGGACUAAUUAUAAACGCUAUGCCUGGGGCUUAAAUGAACUGAAACCCAUAUCAAAAGAAGGCCAUUCAAGCAGUUUGUUUGGCAACAUCAAAGGAGCAACUAUUGUAGAUGCGCUGGACACACUUUUCAUUAUGGGAAUGAAAACAGAAUUUCAAGAAGCAAAAUUGUGGAUUGAAAAAAAUUUAGAUUUUAAUGUGAAUGCUGAGGUUUCUGUUUUUGAAGUAAAUAUACGCUUUGUUGGUGGACUGCUGUCAGCCUACUAUCUGUCUGGAGAAGAGAUAUUUCGAAAGAAAGCAGUAGAACUUGGGGUGAAAUUGCUACCUGCAUUUCGUACUCCCUCUGGAAUACCUUGGGCAUUGCUGAAUAUGAAAAGUGGUAUUGGUCAGAACUGGCCCUGGGCCUCAGGAGGCAGCAGUAUUCUGGCAGAAUUUGGAACCCUGCAUUUGGAAUUUAUGCACUUGAGCCACUUAUCAGGAAACUCCAUCUUCGCUAAAAAGGUAAUGAAUAUUCGAACAGUACUGAACAAACUGAAAAAACCAGAAGGCCUUUAUCCUAACUAUCUGAAUCCCAGUAGUGGACAGUGGGGUCAACAUCAUGUGUCAGUUGGAGGACUUGGAGACAGCUUUUAUGAGUAUUUGCUCAAGGCAUGGUUAAUGUCUGACAAGACAGAUCUAGAAGCUAAGAAGAUGUAUUUUGAUGCUGUUCAGGCCAUUGAGACACACUUGAUCCGCAAGUCUAGCGGUGGACUAACGUAUAUCGCAGAGUGGAAAGGGGGCCUCCUGGAACACAAGAUGGGCCACCUGACCUGCUUUGCGGGAGGCAUGUUUGCACUAGGGGCAGAUGGAGCUCCUGAAGCCCUGGCCCAACACUACCUUGAACUUGGGGCUGAAAUCGCCCGCACCUGUCAUGAAUCUUAUAAUCGCACCUUCAUGAAACUGGGACCAGAAGCUUUCCGAUUCGAUGGUGGUGUGGAAGCCAUUGCCACCAGGCAAAAUGAAAAGUACUACAUCUUACGGCCAGAGGUCAUCGAGACCUAUAUGUACAUGUGGCGACUGACUCAUGAUCCCAAGUACAGGACAUGGGCCUGGGAAGCUGUAGAGGCCCUAGAAAAUCACUGCAGAGUGAAUGGAGGCUACUCAGGCCUGCAGGAUGUUUACUUUGUUAAUGAGAGUUAUGAUGAUGUCCAGCAAAGUUUCUUCCUGGCGGAGACACUAAAGUAUCUGUACUUAAUAUUUUCCGAUGACGACCUUCUUCCACUGGAACACUGGAUCUUCAACACUGAGGCGCACCCUCUCCCGAUACUCCGUGAAGAUAAAAAGCCAGUUGAAGUCAAAGAGAAAUAAAAUAUAUUUUAUAUUCACUCUGCUUCAUUCCCCUCACUGCAUACCUUAAUAAUUCCCUUUCUGGUAAUCAGACACAUGACAAACUUUUAUCACUUGAUAAAAGUCUGUGAUUAUCCUAAGUUCUGAGUUUGUUUUGCAGUCUUUUAUGUUGAUUAUCUUAAGCAUAAGUGGACCUAAAUUUCUUAUUCUUUUAAUAUCCAGCUACUGGAGCCACAGAUUUCGUUUGUCUGUUGAGUUUUUUUAUGUGAUCUAUUAUCUCUAGAGUUCAUGAAGAUGGAUGUCAUUUUCAUGAAACUGGAUAGAAUAGUACACCAACGACCUCUUAAUUACCAUUUGAUUUGACUGCAAAACUUUUUUUCCUCCUCUAUGAGGAGAUGAUGUCUGCUUUAAGCUGUAAUGUUUUGCCAUGUUGCAAAAAGCCAUAAUAAUAAAUUAAGUAUUAAAAAAAGCUUUUUCCUUUUCAAUUUCACAUUAAUCGGGUUUGUCUAUCCACCAGAGACAGAUCUUAUAACUGUGACAGCCACCUUAGGCGGGUCUAUCAUUAUUCGAUAGAAUGUCUAAAGUACUUCACGCACAUUGCAAUUCAGAUGAGUAGGUCAUCCCAAAAGAAUCAUCUCAUGUUGACCUCAUUUCAUCUGCAGCGCAGUAUAUUUUUGUUGGUUAAUUAUAUUAGUGUUUUGUAACUUUUGAAUUUGUUCUCUACUUUCACUUUAAACAUCCUGUAUCCUCUCUGAAUCACGUACUGCUUAAUUUAUUCCAUUCCUCACUACACAGCAGGGUGAGCUCUCAAGUUUUGCAGAGCUUUACUAUCACCAUGUUACAUUUUUCAAAGGGAAACAGUGUAACUUUAAUGUGCCAGCUCUUGCUUUUAACUGAAUACAUAAAGAAAUCUGGUCUCUAGAGAGAGCAUGAGACUUUCAUAUGAUUUUUGAUUCAUUGUUUACAUUUCAUCUUUGACCUUUUUUUUUUUUUAAGGAAAGAAGGCAUUUCACUUGGUUCAGAUUUGAAAAGGGCCUUCCCAGAGGUAGGAAAUUAUUUCACUUCAAUUGGUGAAAGCAAGAUUUGACCCAGUGAAAGAAACUUUCAGUGCACCUAAUCAUGGUCCACUAAGGAAAACCAAAUUAGCACUUAAGAAUAUAGUAUAUUUAGUAUGGUUACAUUCAACAUAAAGAGUGUAUCUUAGACAUAAUUUAUAGGACUGGACACCCUUCCUCAUAAUUUGAUCUGUAGCAGAUCAAAAUGAUUAUAUGAUUCUUCUAAACCUUAUUUCAAAAUGUGAAUGUUUUUCCCAGGAAUAGAUUUGGUGAUAGCUUGCAUUAUCGGACUGGCUCUUUAGAAAGUCAAGGGACAAAAACUCUGACCACCUCAAUUUCAACCUAGUAUGGUCGGAAAAAAACAGUACAACCCCAUGGAUUCAGUUGAAGCAUAUAUUUCUUUGCAUUUACAGUUUUCAAACUUUCUGAGUUCAUCAGUUUCCUAUGAUUCAACUUAUAUUUUCUGGGAUGCUUAUUUUCUUGAUCUCAGUAGACGAUAGUUUUAACUGUUUCUGCUUUUAAAAUGUUUCAAAUGAUUUCAUUUGAUCUGACUACCUUUGUGUGGCCUGUUUUGUUUUUAAUGUUGUGCAUUGGAAUAUGUCAAAAGUAAAAUAGUAAAAUUAGUAAAUGUAAAAGGUCCCUCAGCAGACCAUUAUAGCCAUGUUAAUGAAUUUCUGACCCAAAAUAACUUCUGCCUGUGGUCUGUUAUCUGAAGCUCAGGAAAUUGUAAUAUCAUUUUCUUAAAACUGAGACUAGUUCACCAAUAACCUCUUAAUAACAAUUUGAUUGGCCUGCAAAACUUUCUCUUACUUUGGGAGGAAUGAGCAAAUAAAAGACAUUUUUCAAAAAAACAAAAAAAACUCUAAGGUAAACAAAAUAUUAAAAAGUACUGCCAAAAUUGGG